CGCCCCUCCUGAGCAAUUCACUCCUAUCACCAGCUGCCCCGGUCUCUUUGAUCAGACGGUGCACAAGCAGCUACUCAAAAAUAAGCUUGUUAAUUUCAGCGGACUUUACUUCCACGGAAGCGUAAGACAGAACACCGCAAUAUUUUCUAAGAACAGAAAAAAAUAUCUAUUAAGAUGUAAUUAUCGGCUUCUUUAAAAGAAGAAAAUGAAAGCAAAAUAAAGCCAUUCUAACGCAAGCAGAAUUUAGAGGACAUUCCCUAAUUCCCAUAUAUUUAGCUUCUCAUCCCUACAAGUUGAAGAUUGCGUUUCACUAGAUAUCUUUUACAGCUGUACGGAACGCCGUUUAAGCAUAGGCAAAGACAAAAUUUCUUCUUCAGCUAUGACAUUUUAUAAUGCAACUAAAUCUUUGGCAAAAAUGAUAGACUCACAAGGAGAUUGGUUUCCAGUACCCAGCUUGAUAGACCAUAACAAUUUUAGGCCCUUUUGCUUGCUACAAAAGAAAAGGAAGACAUCAUGGUGGCAAAGCUGUCCUUUCCAUAAAACUGAUUACCAGUUUCAUCAUCUGCUGUUAUCAGGAAAUGACACUUCAAGUCUAGUUCUCAACAAUUCAGAGUUAUUCACCUUUGAAGUCACUGUAGAUGGGACACUGAAGGGGGAUAUUAGUGGAAUACCUGACACUGAAAUAACUACUGCUGUCAGCAUUUCUUAUGAAAGGUCGGUAAAGAUGAAAAAGAUACAUGUUCCAAUCCAAGACCUUGAUUCUUUGAUGAAAGAAAAAAAAAUCAACAAUGAGCAUCCAUUUAUUAAACAAUCAAAGAAGCUUCAAAGGAACUUGUAUGUGAUCACUGCAUCAGCAGAAGCUGUAGAAAUGACAAAGUUUGGAGAAACUGACAAAGUGGAAAGCAGCAUCUUUCAUAAAGCCUACAUCAAACUGAGCCUGAAGGGUGCCAGAGAUAGGAAGAAAAUAAUCACUAUUCCAAAGGGGUGCAUUUUGGCAUUCAAAGCUAAGAAAUUAUUUAUAGAAGAAGAAACUGUAGGUAUUUCUUAUUAUUCAAGUAGUAAAAAAGGAACUUUUGGUACAAGAUUUGCGUCUGAAAGUGCAGUUGAGGACCUUAGCAAAAGUGCGAGUGUAAAAGGUCCAGGAUUUGUGUCUGAAAGUGGAGACAAUAGGAAAAACCUUCGAAGGGAAGUUGAGAAAGAAUAUGUACCAUUUUCUUUAAUGUCUUCAAACCUGCGUGGCAAAUUUCUAGCUAGCUUUGUGGUUCUAAUGGAGAAAAGUGACCUUUUGGGAGAACUGGAGCUCCAGCUGGAACAGGUUCUUGAGGACCCUGAACAAUUUAAAGUAAAUAUGGACAAACCAGAGUUUAAGGAUCUGAUGGACAACUUGCAAGAUGUCAAAGGAGCAAUUGUCACUGAACUUGCUGAGGCUACCCUCUAUUUUCUUCAGGCUCUUGAUGAACUGACAGAGUUCCAGAUAAUGCUAUUGGUAGAAUCUAUGGAAAAAAAGAUUGUAUCCCAGCAACUGAACCUGGUUGGAGGAAUCCUAGAAUAUUUCUGGAAUAAAAAACAGGAUUUUGCUAUAAAAGUCCAGCAGUUACCUGAAGAGGAAUGGGAUAUAACUGGAGCAUUAAUUGAAGAAAUAAGUGGAAUAUCCAUUCAACAAAGUGGAUGCACUGUUACUGGAACUGUACACCCUGAUGCUUCUUCAGCACUCCCUGCACUAUAUGUGGCUCUAUUUGCAAUUGAUCUUCUAUCUAAGAAAAGUUUUUAAGCCAUUCUUGUAAAUCAGCGUGUUUGCAGAUAGAAAAGAAUCAUGCACAAAUGCAGCAGUCUAAUAUAUUCAAAAUGAAGGUUGUAAUCUGAUAGCCUUAUUUAAAAGGAAGUGUGAGAAUGGAUGGAAAGUUACUCUUUUAUAAAAUGUAUCGGAAAAAUUAUAAAAUACUUUGUCAAUAACUCUUACUGCAAGCCUCAGUAUCAAGGCCAAAUAAAAAACACAAAUGAUAAAGAGCUAAUCACUGUGUGUCAACUCGAUCUGAAUGUUCAAGGAAGUAAGCCCACGAUCCGGACAAAUGGUAAAAGACAAGAUAAGAUAGAUCCUGUUGUAACAAGGCAGGGGUAAUCACCAAUGGUGAAAUCCAAUUUUUUUUGCUACAGGUUCUGUGGGUAUGGCUUGGUGGGAGUGGUGUGGCUUGGUGGGCGUGGCAGGGGAAGGAUACUGCAAAAUCUCCAUUCCCACCCCACUCCAGGGGAAGGAUAUUGCAAAAUUCCCAUUCCCUCCCCACUCCUGGGGGAAGGAUAUUGCAAAAACACCAUUCCCAGCCCACUCUGGGGCCAGCCAAAGGGGGUAUUUGCCAGUUCUCCAAACUACUCAAAAUUUACGCUACCGGUUCUCCAAACUGCUCAAAAUUCCACUACCGGUUCUCCAGAAGCUGUCAGAACCUGCUGGAUUUCAUCCCGGGUAAUCAUGUUUUUCAUAAUCACAGAAUGUGAGGGAUCUUAGGCAUGACGUAUAUUGUGUGGAACACGUAUAUUGUGUUGAAAUGUAUAAAUCCAUGAUGUGAAACUUGAAAAGUGCAUUUCACGAUUUUAAUCCAAAUUGGGAAGGGAUGUGGAGGCCUGCCUUUCCAGUGCAAUUCAAUAAAUUCUUUGUUUGUA